UCGAGAUACACGGGAGAGAACGAACCCGGUUUGAAGGCUUCGGCGGGAGUACACACGAAAACAUCGACGGAGAGCCUUACUGAGGUCAGAAGCGGUGUUCCAGAUUACGGAUGCCAAUCCCCUCUUGCCUCUUGGACCAAGGAAGGUGAGCAGAUAGACGGUUGGACAGGCAAGCAGACAGCGAGGGGUUCUUUCUCAGAGGGGCUUAUUUAUUAGUGUUCGUUUCCUCUCUCGAGGACAAGGAGAAGUUAAUUAUGCGCUUACCUGUCUUUGGAUAUUUUGUGUUCGUGAUUGCCAUCUUUGGCCUCUUUAUCAAUGUGGCCUCGAUCGUGCUUCUGAUCAAGAAGAACCGCCCCUCGCCGUUUCACCAACUACUCAAGAUUUUAGCUGUGUACGAUGUCUUCGUUGUGAUGUGAUGUUCCAUUUCGUACGGGAUUCCAGAUAUCCUACCCGGCUACCUCGAAAACCAACACCCUCAUAUUAUCCAAUGGAUGUUCCCUGUCUCGCACAUCGCCGUUAUGACCUCCAUCUAUUGUACCGUGUUGAUCAGUUUCGAGCGCUAUGUCCGGAUUUGUUUCUUUUGCCAACUCCGAGCUACACGCCUCAUCACGCCCGAAAACUUUCGGGCCUACGUCAUUGCCCUCAUCUUGGGUCCCAUUCUAUUUUGUUUACCCAAGUUCUUUGAGGUUGAAACUAAGCCUCAUGUGGUUGAAUACACCGAGCGGUUCAACUGUUCCAAGCUCUGGAUAUUUGACCACGAUGCCACGACAUUGGCUCGAUUCCACAGCAUGAUGAAACCUGAAGACAUUACAGAGCUCCAUCGACUUGGCGUGGUGUGUGGGAAAAACACGCAAAAAAGCCAACCAAAUGAAACGAGCGCAGAUCCGUUUGUACCUAAACCUGGCGCAGAGACCACAUCAUCCUAUCUGCUCGAGGCUCUCCGCAAACGAGUCAUGGAACGGAACCGCACGAGCGCACUCAAUCACUUCCUUCAGGGGAAGGCCAAGGCCAGGCAUAAGCCGACCAAUGGAAUGGCAAAUUACACGAUUGAAGCCGAGAUUUUGACCCUCCAGGAAACGGAGUUGAGAAAGAAUCCCUAUUAUUAUCAAGUCUAUUACGUGUAUCUUAAUAUUCUGGUCAACUCCUUGGUUCCGCUUGGAACCCUUCUUUACCUCAACAUUGUAACCGUACGAACCCUGCGACAAAUCAUUGUACAAGACGAGAUCACCAAUUCCAACCCUCCGUAUAUCCUUAAGAAGUCGGUUAGCCAUGAUAAUUUUGAAGUCCUUAUGGAAGAUUCCUUCUAUCCAAAUAUGAGGAAAAGCCAUUCCACGAACAGUUUGAACGGGACUGAGGCCAUCACCCGACGGGAAAGUAUCAAUCAGCAACCCACAAUCCCUUUGGAUCCCAAAGAAGUCAUUUGCAAAUACACUCAAGGCGAGGAUCACGUGGUCCUCUUUGGUGUGGAACAAAGGAAAUCCUUACCUCACAGGAUCCCCAUGUGUAAGAAGACCCGUCAAUCUGCCCAGAAGAGCGCUCAUUUAUCAAAUCAAAUUCCAAUCCCGUCCGAUUCAAAAGAAUCCCAUGAAAAGACCGGAGGUCAAAGCGGCGGUGGGCGACCCACUUCCAAAGAAAUGGCCAAAUCCAAUCCAAAUAUUUCCCAUAUGCGAGUGGGUGGAGGAGGUCGGGUGAAGCGAAUGCUUUCCUUCUCGGACCCAAUGUCGGAUCUCCUCGACAUUGGGAAAGUGAUAGUGGAUUCCCCACCUGAUGAGGAGGCAGGAGAGACGUUUGCCCAAUGCAAUCGUAAAGGCACUCGACGAAGUACGGUCUUGACCAUGUUGGAAUUCAAUAAUCCCAAGGAAUCCAAACUCUCACCUAGUCCGGAAGAGCAUGAAGAGCUCUUGACAAGCCAUGAGGAAGCAGAUUCAGGCUCGAGGGUCUGUGAGCGACAUUUAUCAACAUCAAGUGGUUCCAAAGCCAAGACCAAAGAAAUCAAGCCCGAGAAGACGUCCAAGGACUCUCUAAACGUCACAGAGCAACCCACAGCCCAACGAACCACUUCACAGGAGAGCAAGAAAAGCUCGCAAUCAUUCCUGACCAUUCAAAGUGGACCCAAUAUCUACUCAGCAGCUGAUGUAGCCGCCUCCAAUCGCCUACGAAGGCAUUCCCGAGCUCCACCGGGACAACACACAUCCUCCUCUUCUACGCACGGCCAGCGAAGCUCUCGACGAGGCACCACGGUCACGGAGAAUGGCAGCUUGGGCCUCACGCUCUCCAAUAAUCCGUGUGGCACAGAACGAUCUCAAGAGAAGCGACUUACCCGAAUCAGCAUAUUCAUCGUUUGGCUAUUUAUCUUCUGUCAUUUUUGGAAGCUCAUCCCGACAUGCUACGAGGUGUUCGUAAGCCAUAAUGGAUCGAACCACGAUAAUUGGCCCUUCUCUGUGUUGGUCGUCGAACAUAUCUCACACCUCCUGAUUACAUUUAACUCUGCCAUUAACUUUCUCAUUUACCUAGUUCUCUGAUCGGUUAUCAUCGGUUCAUUUAGUGGAGAUAAGCCAUGUGUAAUUGACGUAGCCUUUGUUCGUACUUGGUUGAAUAAUUAUGAUCGACUAUGUUGGACAACCCUCAAUAGGCAACUCAUGUUCUUCUACCAUCUCUGUGACCCACAGUUUCAUGAAUCGAUUUUCAAUUCAUUGACGUCCGUGUCGCCUAGUUCAUCGUUGUCUGUGGUUGAUUCUUUCCAACUUCUGAGUAGGUGUGAUCAAACGAAAUGAUUUGAAAUAAACUGAAACGAAAAGCCAGAUCAUUGAUAGGUUUUUCCCAUCUUAAAGGCGCUUUGAAAGCCAAUCGAUGGAUUCAAAGGAAUUCUCUUUGACUCGAUUUCGACCA